AUGUGUUACCAGUGGGAUGCCAUCACAGAGAUGGACGAGGAGAACCGACCAAUCCACACUUUCCAGGUGUGUCAUGUGAUGGAGCCCAACCAGAACAACUGGUUGCGAUCCGGCUGGAUCCUGCGACAUGAAGCCCAGAAGGUGUACGUGGAGCUGCGCUUCACGCUGAGGGACUGUAACUCCAUACCCUGGGUGGCUGGCACCUGUAAGGAGACCUUCAACCUGUUCUACCUGCAAACCAAUGAGCCACUGCCCACCGCCACCCGCUUCAGACCUGCCGACUACGCCAAGGUAGACACAAUCGCGGCCGACGAGAGCUUUACUCAGACAGACCUGGGUGACCGUGUGCUCCGUCUCAACACCGAGGUCAGGGAGGUCGGACCCGUGACCCGGAAGGGUUUCUACCUGGCCUUCCAGGACGUGGGUGCCUGCAUCGCCCUGGUGUCCGUCAAGGUGUUCUACAAGCGCUGCCCCUCCACCCUGCGCAACCUGGCUGCCUUCCCCGACACCGUUCCCCGGCUGGACUCCUCGUCGCUGGUGGAGGUUCUGGGCGCGUGCGUGCGGAACGCCGAGGAGCGAGAACCCCCCAAGCUGUACUGCGGGGCGGACGGAGACUGGCUGGUCCCGCUGGGCCGCUGCGUGUGCACCAUCGCGCACGAGGAGUCAGACGGCUACUGCAGAGCGUGUGAACCAGGCUUCUACAAAGCGUAUGCCAGCAACAUCAAGUGCUCCCAGUGCCCUCCACACAGCUCCAGCCACGACCAGGCGGCCAGCGUCUGUCAUUGUGACAAGGGCUUCUACCGAGCUGCCAAGGACCCUCCCAGCUCCCCCUGCUCCAGGCCCCCAUCCGCCCCGAGGAACCUGGUCUCCUUCAUCAACGACACAGCACUCUUCCUGCAGUGGGCGGCGCCCAGCGACGCGGGCGGAAGGAAGGAUCUUUCCUACAAUGUCCUGUGCCAGCGCUGCAAAGGUAACCACGGCGAUGGGGCACCGUGCGAGCCAUGUGAAGCAGACCUGCGCUUCAUCCCUCGGCCGCUGGGGCUCACAGUCACGUCGGUGGCGGUGCUAGACUUCGCGCUGCACGGCAACUACACCUUCCACGUGGAGGCAGUGAACGGUGUGUCCAGUCUCGCCGUUGUGGCGCGCUCGUUGGCCAACAUCACAGUGACGACGCACCAAUCAGGUCCUGCUCUUGUGGGGGUAGUGAAGAGGGACUGGUCUUCUCUGAGCAGUAUCGCCAUCUCCUGGACAGAGGUGGAGCAGCCCCCUGCAGACAUUUUGGACUACGAGGUGAAAUACUACGAGAAGGAGCAGGAGCAGCUGAGCUACUCGUCGACCCGCACCAAGCUGCCUGGUGUUGUGGUGACGGGCCUGAAGCCCGGCACGCUCUACGUGUUCCGCGUCCGUGCCCGCACCGCCGCUGGCUAUACAGCUUACUGCCCCAAGUUUGAGUUUGCCACUGUAGAGGAGGACCCUAACGUUGCAGACCAUGGUCAGGUGUUGGUGGUGGUCACGGCAGCAGUGGGGGGCUGCUCCUUACUGGUGGUCCUCACCCUCUUCCUGCUCAUCACAGGACGGUGUCAGGGCUACAUCAAGGCCAGGAUGAAGUCAGAAGAGAAGAGAAGGACCCGUCUGCAGAGCGGCCACGUCCCCUUCUCCGGCAUCAGGACCUAUGUUGACCCUGACACGUACGAAGACCCCACCCAGGCUGUGGAGGAGUUCACCAGGGAGAUAGACCCCUCGCGCAUCCGCAUUGAGAGGGUCAUCGGAACAGGUGAGUUUGGUGAGGUGUGCAGCGGGCGCCUGCAAAUACUGGGGAAGCCAGACGUUGCCGUGGCGAUAAAGACCCUGAAGGGCGGGUACUCGGAGCAGCAGAGACGAGACUUCCUCCGAGAGGCGACCAUCAUGGGCCAGUUCCUGAAUCCCAACAUCAUCCGGCUGGAGGGCGUUGUCACCAGGAGCCGACCGGUGAUGAUCGUCGUGGAGUUCAUGGAAAACGGAGCACUUGACAGCUUCCUUCGGUCACAUGAUGGGCGGUUCACGGUGGUGCAGCUGUCAGGCCUGCUGCGCGGGGUGGCGGAGGGGAUGACCUAUCUGGCUGACAUGGGCUACAUCCACCGCGACCUGGCCGCCCGUAAUGUCCUGGUGGACCAGAACCUGGUCUGCAAGGUGUCAGACUUCGGGAUGUCCCGCAUUGUGGAGGACGACCCCGACUCAGCCUACUGUGCCUCGGGAGGGAAGAUUCCUAUUCGCUGGACGGCUCCCGAGGCAGUGGCCUAUGGGAAGUUCUCUUCGGCGAGCGACGUGUGGAGCUACGGAAUCCUCAUGUGGGAAGUGAUGUCAUACGGCGAGAGGCCCUACUGGGAGAUGUCCAAUCAGGAUGUCAUCCUGUCGAUAGAGGAGGGCUACCGCCUGCCGGCCCCCAUGGGCUGUCCGGUGGCCCUGCACCAGCUCAUGCUGCACUGCUGGCAGAAAGAGCGCCUGCAGCGUCCCCACUUCACCGAUGUGGCAUCCUUUCUGGACAAGCUGAUCCACAACCCCAGUACCCUGCUGGCCCUGGUCAGCCAUGACCACAGCUUCCCGGAGUCCCCAGAAGACAUGAGGGACUACCCUCUGUUUAUCUCCAUCGGUGAUUGGCUGGACUCAAUCCAGAUGAGCCAAUACAAAAGCAACUUCCUGGUGGCUGGCUACACCACGCUGGAUUCUAUUUCCACCAUGUGCAUAGACGACGUCAGACGUAUAGGGGUGUGCCUGAUCGGCCACCAGCGACGCAUCGUCAGCAGCAUCCAGUCCCUCCGCCUGCAGCUCCACCACAUCCAUCAGAGUGGCUUCCAAGUCUGAUCCCCACCGCUCACCACCCACCACCCAGCCCCCCGGGCGUCAGUGACUGUCAGGCAAGACUCUGGCGCUUGUGACCAACAAAAUACCCACUAAUCACCCCGACAGUAGCUCCUUGAGGGUAGAGGGCAAGGGUGGCGGUCUUCUGAAACAAGUCUAUCGACUGCUACUCCGUUCUCGCUUUUUCUUUGGACUUCAAUCAGGCAUUGGACGGAUAAGCAGCGACCUCUGUUAGCAUAGAUCUUGGGGUUCUUGUUAUUUUACAGAAGACACCUGGCCAGCAGUAUCUCUCUCUCUCUCUCUCUCUCUCUCUCUCUCUCUCUCUCUCUCUC